GGUGGUCGUCUCCUUGCAGAAGACACUAGGGUUGCCGCGGGUAACGGGUCGGGUACCCGUUACCCGCAUACCCGCACAAUUCUUGCGGGUACCCGUUAUCUGCGGGUACCGAGAGCUACCCGUACGGGUAACGGGUAGUUCUGUUUUUAUUUAAUUUUCGACAUAAAUCAGUUCCCAAAGAAAGUUAGCAACAAGUUUGCCCAUUUCCCAACAAAAGCGUCAAUUUAUUAUUUAUCCAUUUCAAAAUUUGACAUUUUACAGCAGCUAGGGUUUAUAGCGAGCGUGUCUUUUCGGAAGCCACAGAAGCCUACGGCAGUCUCAAAUACUUUUCACGUCCAGAAAAUGCGGAGAAAUUAUUGUUUCUCAAACAUAAUGUGCCUGCUCUAAAAUAUGAGUAAUAAUUUGACUUAUAUUUGUGUGUAAGGCAAGGACUGAUGAGAUUUUAAUUUAUACUUUAAAGGUGAAAAACCUGAAUCCGAUUGAAAGCAAUAAUGUUAUUUGUAGACAAUUUUGUAAUUAAAACUUCAUUUAUACCAAAAUUUUAAAAAAUCAAACUGUAUUUAUGUAGAUUGAACCUUUUGUCAAGCUACACCAAGAUUGUCCAGCGAGUAUAUUUAAAAGCCAAGCCAAAAAUUAGGAAUCGCGUGAUACUUUCCGUUGAAUGUCCACUUUGAAGAAAAAUAUUGGCGGCAAAAUUCGAUUUUUAAGUAAAGGUUCUGCAUCUUUUUCCUCAUCUGGACUGAAACCAUGGUGGACUCUGCCCCCAAUAGUUUUCUUUAAACGGGCUAUUCAAGGGAAAGAUAAUUGAUAAUUCCUAAUUUUUGGCUUAAUGUUUUAUAAUUCGCUAAGAAAUCCCGAUGUAGUUUGAAAAACUUUCCAUUGUAAGCCAAAAUGUUUGAGUUCAGAAGCAACUAGUGACAUUCCCAUAUCAAAGUAUGGCAUGCGUUACUUGCGUGCAUUAUCUCAUAUCAACCCAAAUGAGCCAAUAAUUAAUUCAAUCGAAUUUACUCUUAAGGCUGGUUAGGUUUUAACUCAAUUCCCAUAACGGGUAGCGGGUAACGGGUACCCGUGCGGGUACGGGUAGUUGUGCUGCGGGUAGCGGGUCGGGUAACGGGUAGCAUUUUCGCUACCCGCGGCAGCCCUAGAAGACACGCCUUCUCUUGACACACGAGGCCACAACAAUGGAGAAAUUGGUGUUCAAGUUGUGCCAAUAUGAUCAAAAAGAAUCGAAUUUCUCUAAAUUUAAUUAUCUUAAUGAGCACGGAAUGUUUGAAGUUGUCGCUUCAUCACCCAACCCCACCGCACCAAUCGCUCGAAAAUUCAUCCAUGCAAAUGUGGACAAUGGAUCAAAAAUUUACGCCCUCAUGUUUAAAUGGUUCCACCGACACCGUAGAGAUUUAAGAUUCCACGUGUUCCAGCUCCUUAUUCCGGCCAUGUGUAUGUUCAUCUUUCAAAAUGUGUUCGGUCCACUACCAAACCGGGUAAAGUUGAGUUUUGUGCAUAAUUCCAAUCUGAGUUACACCGACGCCCCGCAAACAUACUGUAGGGCAAAUUUUCCAAACAGUUUGUCCCAAGAAUGUUUAGCGAAUGUGGAGAUUUGCAAUUUUAUGGACACAUUUGAUAAGGAUGAAUUCAUUUGGGUUCCUGCCAAUUCGUACGAAGAUGGACUUGACCAAGUCAAACAGGGCAAAACAACUGGUCUCAUCGAGUUUCCGCAAAACUAUGCUACACAUUUAAAAAAUCGAAUGACCCUUCGAAAUUUUGCGGAUAAUGAGACAAUUCUUGGCUCUACGAUAUCAAUUCGAUUAGACGAAACCGACCGGAUGUUGGCUUUCUGGAUGAGAAGGACACUUCUCGACACGUAUCUAGUUUACUUGGGGAAUAUCUUAUCAUCAUGCUCCCUCCCUAGUGACAUUAGCAUACCACCGGUUCAUUUCCAUGCUGUCUACGGGUCCAUAGAAGCGUUUGAAUACAUCGUCUUCAUACAACCUGCAUAUAUAAUUGUGAUAAUGUUUACGGUGGCGCUGGCCAUACCGGUUAUACUUAUGGAGGAUAAAAUGAUAGGACUUGUGGAUAGAGACCAUGCAGCCGGAGUGUACUUAUGGCAUCAACUAACCGCUACUUUUGCCACCCAAAGUUUAAUGAUCUUAAUCCAGAUUGGAGUAAUUUUGGGAAUAAUGUAUGGCUUGUAUGGAAUGGUGAUUAAUGGGCCGUGGGUUAUAGUGAUCGCGUUGAUCUAUGCAACAUCUUUUACGGGGAUGUCAAUUGGCUAUCUAGUGGGUGCAUUUUGUGACGGUCUUAUGGAAACUAUUCUAAUCAAUAUGUGCAUUAUGAUCUCCCUAUUAUUUUCAAUAGGACUAUUCUGGCCCAUGAUAAUGAUGACGUGGUGGUUUCGUCAAGUGGUCGAAUUAACCCCAAUUGCAUUUCUAGUGGAAGCGAUGCGUUCAACAUUUUCGAGAGGAUCAGGAAUAACAAGCACAAGCGUGGCGCUAGCCUUUGUAUCGGCUGGUUGUUGGAUUUCUGUUUCAUUGAUCAUCACAAUUUGUGCAGGAAGAUGGAGACAGAAGUAAAAUAGAAUAUUAUUUUUUUUGAAAAUUCUAUGUACAUAGAAAUUACCUUAUGCAAAGAAUAAAUAUGUUUGUCAAACCAA